AAAAACACAUAAAAUCGGGAAAAAAGGAAAAAAAAGGAAAAAAAAAUUCCCUCCAGAUCCUGAACUGGGGUAUAAAAGGAGUUGUUCUACAAGGAGUGGGACAUUGUGUUUUUGACAGUCAGUACAUGUGUGUACCACCAGUACGUUUGUGUGUGAUUUCGGCGUAUUGGUUUUGGAUUACUCCAUCUUCAUCAACAUCAAGAAUCUCAUCACUCUGCAUUCAACAUGCAUGCUUCCAACAUUCAAGUCGUGCUCUGCCUCAUGAUGGCUCUUGGAGCCUAUUCACUGGAUCCAAAGUAUAGGAGUGAAGACUUUCUAGCAUCCAGGGAGCAUGGACUGGAUACAUACAACAUUUUCCACAUCAGGCAAUGUCUGAUGUCAUCCAGCAAGUUCAACCACGACCUUGCAACAAUGUACAAUGAUGUUAGCAACUGGUACUUAAAAAUCGCAGGAGAGCAUGAAGUGGGGGAGGAACUGUGUCAACAAAUCCACUGCGCAUAUGAUCUGCGCAACUGUCUCCACCCAUCAUUCACAUCGCUGGAAUUCCUUGAAGCAGUUAUUACAAAGUCAGUCGAGGUGUGCUCAGCCUACUGUCAACAUGGGCUGUCAACAACAUCCAGUACUUCAAUCAGCAAUGGUGCCAGCAGACCCUGAAUCACCAUGUCCUUGCGGUGAUUG